UUGAAUCAGACGUCUCUAGGAACGAACCGUCCGCUGUCAGACCGGUGUGGAGGAGAGAGAAAUGAGAUCAGGCUGUGGACCCGUCCAUGGAAGAGGCCAGCGAUGAGGGGCUUUUACUCCAAGCUGGACUCCUCAUCUCCUCUGAACCUGGCCGUGGAGACGGAGAAAGCUCAGGCCCUGCUCCAGACCUUCAGCACUGCCUCUCUGUUAGCCAGCGCGGGCCUGGGAGCGUUCUGCUUCCUCGUCGACCCCUUUCUGACGCUCCCCUUCAUCCAGCACCUGUGGCUCAGGGCUGUGCUCGAUAACGCCGUCCACGGCAUCAUCGGACUCUGGUCAUGGGCCAUCGUCAUCGGUUUGAGGAAGAAAAGUGACUUCUAUGAAGUCGUCUUGGCCGGGUUUCUGGCUUCUAUCAUUGACCUGGACCACUUUUUCACGGCUGGAUCAUUGUCACUCAGAGCCGCUGUGAAUCUGCCGCACAGGCCUCCGCUGCACUGCUCCACCCUGAUCCCAGCGCUCUGCUUCUCCCUGCGCCUCCUCAUGUGGGCCUGCCGGCUCAAGGACUCCUGGUGCUCGCUGCCCUGGAUGCUGUUCAUCUCGCUGGCGUCGCACCACGUCCGCGACGGCGUUCGGCACGGCCUCUGGGUGUGUCCGUUUGGAAACACGGCACCCAUCUCUUACUGGCUGUACGUCACCAUCACAGCCACUCUCCCUCACCUGUGCUCGGUGCUCAUGUAUCUGACCGGCACCAGAGACAUGAUCUCCACCAAACACGGAGUCGCCAUCGACGUCUGAAAAACACUGGUUUGUUUAUUUUAUUCCUCUUCGCCUCGUCGCCAUUCCAGCGUAACUCGUCCUUCUUCCCCCGAGAGAUGUUUGAUACUUUCCACUACUGUGGUCAUUCAGGUAUCGGUGUGAAAUCAGGUUGUAUUCACUGUGAAGACUGUGAGUAUUUUAAUAUGAAUGAUUCAGAUUAGGGUUGGGCGAUUAAAAAAAAAAAAAAAAAAUCUAUUUUGCAACCUUUUUGUACAAUAUGCUGUAUAUAUUUGAUAUAUUAAUCCAUUACAGAGCAAAAAGAGUAAUAAUAGUAGAAUUUCAAUAUUUGCUGAUUUGGAUUCUCAGUGCUGGCUUGUAGAUGCUAUUUAAUUAUUCUGAAUAUCUAAUAAUCUAUUAAUAUGCAUCAAAUUAACAAUGUAAAGUAAUAAACAGCAUUAACCUGCCUUUAUUCAAGCUCCACACAAAGAUGUCGAUGAGCAGUUUCAAUGAACAAAAAAAAAAAAAACAUGCUAAUUUAUAGUUGUGAAUUAACCCACAUUAGCAAAAUUUUGGGGGGCAAAAAAAAAGUCAGUUGUCAGUAGUGUCGCGAUGCAGCUCAGUUAUCGCGGAAGAGUCACAUGACCUACCAUUCCUAUUAAAAUGACUGGAGUUCACUCAUGAAAAUGUGUGCAGCUGCGAUCAAUGUGACCGAAUCUUCAUGCUGUUGUUGCUACUGAAAUGACAAUUUAAAAUGUUAUUAGAAAAUGUUUUUAUAUAUAUAUAAAUGCUUGCAGAUUGUGAAACUGUUAAAGUAACUUAACAGCUCAAUAAAAGUGCUUUUAAAUCUAGUUCUAAAUGGAUGUUGGAUCUUAUCGCCCAGCCCUGGUUUAGAUGGUCUGGAAUCACUCUUACUAACCCUACUUCAGCUUCAGCGAUGUGGUGGCAUAUUUAGCUUAUAGUUGUCUGAUCAAACAGUGCUAAGGAAGGAAGCCGCAGACACAAGGUUGUGUCAUGACGUGUGGUGUGUCCAGGAAUAGGCUUUGAGAAUGGAUGUGUUUGUGAGAGAUCACUGAAGGGAAACUGAAAGGACGGUUUUCUCUCUGUAGGGUAUUUAGGCAGCAGAAAACACUGGUAGACCUAGUUUAACUCGGAGAAGUCUUAUUAUAAACCUUUUAAAAUGGAAAACGGAGAUGCUUUUUAUUGUUACUUAAUAUUAUUGCUGCCUUUUAAGCCACAGGCUUUGGAAUAAUUGUUAAUAUGACUUGCUGACUCAGCUGUUUGGACUCUCACUCUGACGGCACCCAUUCACUGCAGAGGAUCCACUGGUGAGACACUGAUGCAGUGCUACAUUUCUCCAAAUCUGUUCAGAGGAAGAAACUAUUUACAUCUUGGAUGGCCUGAGGCUGAGGACAUUUUCACCCAUUUUUGGGUGAACUGCUCUUCCUUAUAUAUAUAUAUAAGACUAAAUACUUACUUUGGCUUUUUUCCAGGUCUAAUUAAAUCAGAUAUUGUUCAAUAUUAGUGUUUACAGUACAAUGUGUAGUUGAUUUAGCAUUGUGUAUGUACUUAUUUCUUUAUUUUAUUCAGUAUCGUACAGGGAUAAUACUCUCCUCAAAAAUGUUGUAUUUUCAUUUAUGUUGUCUAGAAUCACUGUUUCAGAAAUGUUUGUUAAAUGCUUAAAUGGGCACAAUUUAAAUUCCAUUUAUAAACGCUGAAAACAUUUUAAUAUUGUUCUGUGUUUUCAAACUUUUGACUUGUGGUGCAUAAUUAUUAUUAUAUUUAUUUAUUUUUGGUCAAGCUCCGAGUUUAAACUGCAUCAGGAAGCCAUGAAUUACAGCAGUGGAAACUUGUGUGUACUGAUACGCUUAUUUUGAGAAGAAGUGAUAGAAUUGUGCAUUUAUUAAUUAUUUAUGGUAAUAAGGGAAUGUUCUGUAUCCGUGGUUAAAUCAGUUGUAGAGGCCUUCUCAGACCUGCAGAGGGAGCUGUAGACCAACUCCAGCCAUGGCCCUGGCCUUCACUGAUUCUUCUCGUUUGUUGUUAAUUAUGUACUGUUGUAAAUAUUGAUUUUGUUUAUAUGCUUUUUUUUUGCACAUGAUUUCGAUUUGUCAAUAAUGUGGUGUUGAUGCAUAGUCCAGAAAUGACUGAAAGCGUUAUUUAUUUCUGCAAACUGUCACCAGUCCCACUAAAGCUGCAGAUGCACACUUCU